CUCGCUUAGCCGGCGGCAGAAGCAGACGGAACCGCAUCUGGUCCCUCGGGUGGUGGUUGUCGUCGUCUUCUUGCUUCUCACGGUCUCUGUCUCGCACCUGGUCUCGAUCUCUGCCUUCCCUGCGCUCUUCGUCGCCGGUAACAAAAUUUUUGUCGUCUUCUUGCUUCGAGCCUUGCCGUCAGCUUCUCCCUCGCCAUCAGCUUCUCCUUGGUCGUCAGCUUUCUUUGCGCAACCUGAUUUGCUAUCUGCCAGCUGUGCUCUCCUCCUACCCAGCCGCCGCAUUCCCCUUCUCCGCCGUCGUCUCCUUCACUUCGCCUGCAAAAGCUUGUCCGUUUUCGCUUUCCUCGCUCUCGCCUUCAUUGCCGUCGCAAUCGUCGCCUUCCAGCCACUUGGCAGACGUUGUCGUCGCUGUCUCCCUCCCGUUGAAUCCUCCCUCUCAGAAGCCUUGCAAUCGCCGACAUCGCCUCUCAGAUUGCAGUUCGAAAAGAGUAUGGUUUGUUUCUCCAGAGCAACUAGUGUUACAGAGAUUUUAUUGUUGUUCAACCACAAAGGGGAAGAUAAAAGAAUGAACCUUGGUUCUAUUUUGUCCCUUUGUGAUGCACUGAGAAUUGAGCUAGGUUUGAAUUGGUUUUGUUGUCAUAGGUUAUUAUCCUCUUUUGGGCAAGUUUUGUGGAUUUGUGAUUCCUAGUUCGCUGAGUGCCAUUGAUCAUUGGUCGCCGGAGGUGAAGGGGCAGGGGAUGGUUUGUUUUGGACAUCUUGGAAAAAAUGUUUGAGAUUGGUUCAUAUGCGGAUGUGAUUCUUGAUGCUUGUUGCCAGAAUAUUGGAGAAGCUAAUUAGAAAUUUCUUGUUUAUUGUUUAUGGAGCCAAAAAAUGAGCAGCCAAAUUCUUCAAAGAAAGCAAAGGAUCUGAAUAUUGAGGGUUACCCAGUUGGGGGUCUGUCCAUUGGAGGCCAUGAAACUUGCAUCAUAUUUCCCACUCUUAAAGUAGCUUUCGACAUUGGUCGCUGCCCACCUCGCGCCGUUUCCCAAGACUUUCUGUUGAUCUCCCAUGCGCACAUGGAUCACAUAGGAGGACUACCGAUGUAUGUUGCCACACGUGGCCUGUACCGUAUGAAGCCACCAACAAUUAUUGUACCAAUUUCAGUAAAAGAGGAUGUAGAGAAACUCUUUGAAGUCCAUAGGAAAAUGGACCAUUCAGAGCUCAAGCACAACUUGAUUGGGUUAGAUGUAGGAGAGGAGUUUUAUUUGAGAAAAGAUCUUAAAGUAAAAGCAUUUCGGACUUACCAUGUUAUAUCCAGCCAGGGUUAUAUACUGUACUAUGUAAGGCAGAAACUUAAACCAGAGUACAUUGGUCUUUCCGGAAAUGAAAUCAAGAAUUUGAAGUCUUCGGGUGUGGAGAUAACAUACACUUUGACAGAACCUGAGAUCGCAUUCACGGGAGACACCAUGUCAGAUUUCAUAGUUGAUGAAAGUAACACUGAUGUUUUGCGGGCUAGAAUUCUUGUCAUAGAGUGUACCUUCGUGAACAAUUCAAUCACUGUGGAGCAUGCCAAAGAUUAUGGACACACGCAUCUGUCUGAGAUAAUUGGAUAUGCCGAACGGUUUAAGAACAGAGCAAUCCUCUUGAUUCACUUUUCAGCGCGUUACACCGUGGAGGAAAUUGAAGAAGCUGUAACUGGUUUGCCACCCCCUCUAGCUGGUCGAACUUUUGCACUUACCGAAGGUUUCUGACAAGAAGUUGGGAGUUUGGUUCAAGUAACCAAUGUGGUCACAAGAUUGUUGUUUAGGCAUUAACUGCAUUGGAACCGUAGCGGAAAUUGCAACCUUUACUAUGUAUACCAUUUUAAUCCCAAUUUUUGCAUCACGUCACAACCACAACCACCAUUGUAGGUGCAAUUUAAAACUAUCCAUCCGCUUUUUUAGCAAGUGGUCAUAGGCAAGCUGCACAUUGUCAUUGAUGGAAAAUGAGCAGUGGAAUGCAAGGCAAAGUCGGCUGCUUUAGGCCCCAGUUACCAAGUCGUUGAUCAGGGUGUCUGUAAUUUUAAUCAAUUUUCAGUUUUCGGUACUUUCGUCAAAUGAAGUUUAUUUUUUAUAGAUACGAUUUAUACCAUGAUCCAAAAUCAUGGUCCAAAUAAAUAUUCACUUCAGCAAGGAAUCCAGAAAAAGUAUAAUAGAUUUACGCAAA